GGGUUGUGGCGGAAGCUGAUGUUUUCAAGAUAAUAACAGUGUUCAGAGAAGCUUGGCCGGCGAAGAUGAUUCAGGCGAUUCUGGUUUUCAACAACCACGGGAAGCCGCGGCUGGUCCGCUUCUACCAGCGUUUCCCAGAAGAAAUCCAGCAGCAGAUCGUCCGGGAGACCUUCCACCUGGUUCUCAAGCGGGACGACAACAUCUGUAACUUCCUGGAGGGCGGAAGUUUGAUUGGUGGCUCCGACUACAAGCUGAUUUAUCGGCACUAUGCUACCCUCUACUUUGUGUUUUGCGUGGAUUCAUCAGAGAGUGAACUCGGGAUCCUGGACCUCAUCCAGGUGUUCGUGGAGACCCUGGAUAAAUGUUUCGAAAACGUCUGUGAGUUGGAUUUGAUCUUCCACAUGGACAAGGUGCACUACAUCCUGCAGGAAGUGGUGAUGGGCGGGAUGGUGCUGGAGACGAACAUGAAUGAGAUCGUGGCCCAGGUGGAAGCUCAGAACAGGCUGGAGAAGUCAGAGGGCGGCCUCUCGGCAGCCCCCGCCCGCGCCGUGUCCGCCGUGAAAAACAUCAACCUGCCGGAGAUGCCUCGGAACAUCAACAUCGGCGACCUCAACAUCAAAGUCCCCAACCUGUCCCAGUUUGUCUGAGGGCUGAAGACCGGGCUGCACCGGAGUCCCGGAGCCGAGCCGAGCCAGUCCCG